AGUGCGCCUGCGCGCGGGUCCAGCGCCGAGGUUCUUGACUGCUGUGCCGGACGCCAGGUGUAGCCAUGCAGCGAGCCGACUCCGAGCAGCCCUCCAAGCGGCCCCGUUGCGAUGACAGCCCGAGAACCCCCUCAAGCACCCCUUCCGCAGAGGCAGACUGGUCCCCGGGCCUGGAACUCCAUCCCGACUACAAGACAUGGGGUCCGGAGCAGGUGUGCUCCUUCCUCAGGCGCGGUGGCUUUGAAGAGCCGGUGCUGCUGAAGAACAUCCGAGAAAACAAAAUCACAGGCUCAUUACUGCCCUGUCUUGAUGAGUCUCAUUUUGAAAAUCUUGGAGUAAGUUCCUUGGGGGAGAGGAAGAAGCUGCUUAGUUAUAUCCAGCAAUUGGGUCAAGUCCAGAUUGAUACAAUGAAGGAAGAAGUAAAAUAUACUCAAAUCCAAUAUACUUGAUCUGUCUGGUAGUGAUACCUAAAUAUGGUAAUUAAUGAUCCUAUCCAUGGCCACAUUGAGCUCCACCCUCUCCUCGUCCGAAUCAUUGAUACACCUCAAUUUCAACGUCUUCGAUACAUCAAACAGCUGGGAGGUGGUUACUAUGUUUUUCCAGGAGCUUCACACAAUCGAUUUGAGCAUAGUCUAGGGGUGGGGUAUCUAGCAGGAUGUCUAGUUCGCGCACUGGGUGAAAAACAACCAGAGCUGCAGAUAAGUGAACGAGAUAUUCUCUGUGUUCAGAUUGCUGGACUUUGUCAUGAUCUCGGUCAUGGGCCAUUUUCUCACAUGUUUGAUGGACGAUUUAUUCCACUUGCUCGCCCAGAGGUGAAAUGGACGCAUGAACAAGGCUCAGUUAUGAUGUUUGAGCACCUUAUUAAUUCUAAUGGAAUCAAGCCUGUCAUGGAACAAUAUGGUCUCAUCCCCGAAGAAGAUAUUUGCUUUAUCAAGGAACAAAUUGUAGGACCACUUGAACCACCUGUCAAAGAUUUAUUGUGGCCGUAUAAAGGGCGUCCUGAAAACAAAAGCUUCCUUUAUGAGAUAGUGUCUAACAAAAGAAAUGGCAUUGAUGUGGACAAAUGGGAUUAUUUUGCCAGGGACUGCCAUCAUCUUGGAAUCCAAAAUAAUUUUGAUUACAAGCGCUUUAUUAAGUUUGCCCGUGUCUGUGAAGUAGACAAUGAGUUGCAUAUUUGUGCUAGAGAUAAGGAAGUUGGAAAUCUGUAUGACAUGUUCCACACUCGCAACUCUUUACACCGUAGAGCUUAUCAACACAAAGUUGGCAACAUUAUUGAUACAAUGAUUACAGAUGCUUUCCUCAAAGCAGACGACUACAUAGAGAUUACAGGUGCUGGAGGAAAAAAGUAUCGCAUUUCUACAGCAAUUGACGACAUGGAAGCCUAUACUAAACUGACAGAUAACAUUUUUCUGGAGAUUUUAUACUCUACUGAUCCCAAAUUGAAAGACGCACGAGAGAUUUUAAAACAAAUUGAAUACCGUAAUCUAUUCAAGUACGUGGGUGAGACCCAGCCAACGGGACAAGUAAAGAUUAAAAGGGAGGACUAUGAAUCUCUUCCAAAAGAGGUUGCCAAUGCUAAACCCAAAGUAUUGCUAGAAGUGAAACUGAAGGCUGAAGAUUUUAUAGUGGAUGUUAUCAACAUGGAUUAUGGAAUGCAAGAAAAGAAUCCAAUUGAUCAUGUUAGCUUCUAUUGUAAGACUGACCCCAGCAGACCAAUCAGGAUUACUAAAAACCAGGUUUCACAACUUCUGCCAGAGAAAUUUGCAGAGCAGCUGAUUCGAGUAUAUUGUAAGAAGAUGGACAGAAACAGUUUGUAUGCUGCAAAACAACAUUUUGUUCAGUGGUGCGCAGACAGAAAUUUCACCAAGCCGCAGGAUGGCGAUGUUAUAGCCCCACUCAUAACACCUCAAAAAAAGGAAUGGAACUACGGGGCUUCAGGCCAAAACCCAACUCGCCUCCGAGAAGCAUCCAAAAGCAGAGUCCAGCUUUUUAAAGAUGACCCAAUGUGAAUGUCUCUAGUUAGUUGUUUACAAACUCCCUCCCUUGCACAAUUCAUUUAAGGGCUUCAAUCAUAGAAUUCUGCAAAUUAAUGACAACUCUUGCUUUAAUUUUGUAUUUUGAAUGUACACGCAUGCUAAAGCUAAGUAACUUUUAAUCAAAGAAAUAAGAUGGUAUUAGGCAAAUCUUACUAUACUAUGAAAAGCAUUACCUUGCCUAUUUUUAAUAUUAUUAAAACCUUUCUCCUUCAGUAGUCUAUUUUCUUAGAAUAACAACUCUUUUAUCUACCCUGAGUUCUAUUUUUUUUCUUUUUUAAGAGACAAGGUUUUGCUCUGUUGCCCAGGUUGGACUCAAACUUUCCUGGGCUCAAGCGACUCUCCUGCCUCAGCCUCCCAAGUAGCUGGGACUAAAGGCACUUGCCACCACCACACCCAGCUUACUCUGAACUUUUAUGACGGAUGAUUGUUUUUUGUUUUUAAUGUAGAAAUUAGUCAAGGGUACAAAUUUGAAUUAGAAGUUGACAUUGUCAUAGACAAACAUGGCUAAAAAACAAAACAUCAAAUCCUGCCCCCGUGAAGAGUUCCCUGUCACCUCAAGUUUGAGGAUAGUCCUCUAAGAGUGACCUAAGCAUAGGUGAAAGACACCUCCCCUCACCCUUCUAGCCCCCUACGAGGUGCCAGGUCGGGGUAAAGAGUGGGAGAUGAUGGCCAGGAGUGGCCUCCAACACACUGGUGAGAGGCCUGAUUAGGUUUGGGGGAAGAUCUGAGAGCUCUGGCCUCCUUGUGAGUGGAGCAUAAAGCCGCCUCUUCUUGGGAAAUCCUACCUCAGUGACAGAGGAAUCCCCCAAACUAGGCUGUGCCCUGGCUCAGUAGCAGCUCCAGACCUGGGCAGUGCCUUUGACUCCUGAAUACUCACUCCCCUGGUCCAGACGGCCUUCCCACUGCCCAGCCUGGAGAAGGUCUCCCCUGACCUGCGCUCUCAGUAUCCUGGAGAGCUGGCCAGAGGCCGUCACAGGCACCGUCCUCAGAGCUCCUCAGACCUGGGACUUUGUUUUAGCCGGUUCAGUGCAUUUUGUGUAUUUAAGAGCAAACACUAGCCAGGCAUGGCGGCCUGCACCUGUAAUCCCAGCUACUUGGGAGGCUGAGGCAGGAGAAUUGCUUGAACCCGGGAGGCGGAGGUUGCAGUGAGCCUAGAUCACACCACUGCACUCCAGCCUGGGUGAUAGAGUGAGACUCCAUCUCCAAAAAAAAAGCACAAACACUGCACUGCCUGUGCUGAAAUUAGUGACCACCCAGUGGGUUCCAGGCUCCCCUAGGUAACUUCGCUUUCCCAGCAGUGGAGUGGGCACCACCUUGGUGGGACAGGGCCCCUGUGCCCAGGGCACACCUCAUUCCCAGUUCUAUAGCAAUUCACUAAGAACAGUCUGCAGUUAGAGCCAAAGCUGGUGGUGGCCAGAGGGUGCUGAAGAUACAGGCCAGUGGGGAUGGGAGCCAUGAGCCCCGAAUGUCUCCCGCUCUGAUGCUCCCCGGACUAAGCCUCCCUGGCACACUGGGAGUGAGGGGCAGCCUGAGCGAGUAGGGGAACUCAGACCACAGGCCAGCAGAUUUCCCAGCAGUCUGUCACUGGCCACUGUGUAGCCAGAUUCUGUUCCGUCCACACCGGGGUGAAGAGUACUUGGAAUGUCUGCCAUCCUGUAUGAUCACCCCACCACCCCGUCCAUCCAUCAGUAGAUAAUAAGGGUUGGUUACAAUUCAUAAGAGAAUAGUUAAAACCCUUCUCCUCUCAUGCCUACCAUGGUGCUAUGUCAAGGGGAUUUGUUCACAUAUGGGCUCAGCAAUGCACAAGUGAGGUCAGCCAUGGCACUAGGUCAUUCCCAUUUUAGCCAAGGUGCCUCUAUAGGGGUCAGACAUCAUGUGCCCAGACCUAAGGUCAGGAAUGUCAUAUUUUUCUGUUGAAAUGAUUUUAUUUCUGUGUAUCUUACCUUUAAAUUGUUGUGGUUUACUCUGAGAUUCUGUAGUCCUAAUAUUGUAUCAUUGUGCUGUCUGCAAAACAACUUGAAUCUAUUUUGUUUGCAUCUUUUGUUACAUGUAA